AAUCUACAUCUUGCUGUACCACACUCUUCGAAACUUCACUUCUCGUUUUUGAGAUUCUUCGCAAAACAAUAGCUCAUAAUUUGUAAUUCGUGAUCAGAAAUCAAUUAAAGCGGGCUGACCAUUAUAGCGUUUUUAUAGCACUUUGUGGUCAAUAAAUAAUUUUAGUUUGGAUUUUUCUGUACCAUGAGUUUAGAAAGUUAUUGACAAACAUUGUUGGUAUAAACUUUGUCUAGAUUGAAGAAAGUACACCUUGUCAAUCGAUCUCAGCAAGAUACUCGGCAUAGUUUGUGCAUUGGUCAAAAACGCACGUUGCUUCAUCUACUAGCGGGUCCGUCGUCGUGUAUUACUGUAACGUUUUAUUUUAACCGUUGUACACUCAUAGUCAUAAAAGAGACCACUCAUUAAGGUCGGCUCAAAUUUAAUAAUAGUUUUUACACCAAUUACAACCUCAUCAACAUGACAGAAUCCCUGGUCUAUAAGGCUCGACUAGCCGAGCAGCUGGAAAUGUACACUGAAAUGAAAGACACGAUGAAACUGCUUGUGGAGACCAAACACAAACUAAUGAAGGAGGCGGGAAGUUCGUCCGACGCCGACUCCAGCAAGCACCAAUUGUCGGAGGACGAGCGGAAUUUGCUCUCGGUGGCGUAUAAAAAUGUAGUCGGACAGCGUCGGACCUCCUGGCGAAUCGUGUGCAGUCUGGAAUCCAAAAACGAUGAGGACUGGAAGCAGCCAAUCUGCAAGGAUUUCCGAGAGCAGAUAGAGUCUGAGCUGGUGGGACUUUGCAAUGAGAUCAUCGGCAUCCUGCAGGACUUCCUCCUGCCUCCCGAGGGCACUGUGCCGGAGAACGACCACCUGAAGGAGACUGCAGUCUUCUUUUACAAGAUGAAGGGCGACUAUUUGAGGUACCUAGUGGAGGUGUCUAGAGGAGACAAGAGGGACGAAAUGAGUGAGCAGGCUAAGGCUGCCUACAAGUGGGCGGAGAAAGUGGCCCAGAACCUCAAACCCACCCACCCCAUCAGACUGGGUUUGGCCCUCAACUUCUCCGUCUACCACUACGAGAUCGCCGGCAACCCACAGGACGCCUGUGAACUGGCACGAAAGGCCUUCGACGACGCCAUUGCCGAGCUCGAUUCGGCUUCGGAAGACACCUACAAGGACUCCACGCUCAUUCUGCAGCUUCUGCGGGACAACCUUUCCCUCUGGACAGCCGAAAACGACCAGGAGGAACAGGACGACAAAUAAACAAUGCACCCAGCGAUCUGAAUUGCCACUUUUUGUCAAAAUGUCAUAGAAAUUGGCCUAAUGGCCUUUCGGAUUAUUACCCAUCUCUCGCUUGGCUCAUUGAUCAAACUAGCGAGCGAUUGUCUUUAACUCUUUUCUUAUACUAUAACAUCAAUCAAUCAUUUAUAAAGUCAAUUUAAUUGAAUAUGAAACUUUGCUUUUA